AUGUCGUUAUUGCAAUGGAAGCUGGACUACAGCCACUCCUCAAAGUCAUGCCGUACAUCGGAACCUAACUUCAAUCCGCCUGGGUUUUACAGUUCUGCCACUUCAUCGAUUCAACAUAGUAUAGAAGCAGAAAAGGCCGGCGAUCAACAUGAGCAUUUAGCGAAAAAGCGUGCUUGGGACAUGGCAAUCGGUCCAAUCAAAAGUCUUCCGAUGAAUAUGUUCAUGAUGUAUAUGGCAGGAGGAAGUGUAUCGAUUUUCCCAAUUAUGAUGGUCGGCAUGAUGCUCUGGCGUCCGAUAAAAGCUCUUUUUGCUGUUAAUGCGACAUUCAAACCACUCGAGGGAACAGGAACUGGUUCCAUGUUAAUUCACAAAAUCGUGUUUUGUCUCGGAAAUCUUGGAGCGAUUGGAUUGGCGAUUUACAAAGUUCACACAAUGGGUCUUCUACCGAAUACCCCAUCCGAUUGGCUAGAAUUCAUUCCACAAGCGACCCGGAUGCAAUAUUCUGUUGUCACUGACACAUUUGUAUAA